AUGAAGGUGAACCGCAGCCUUCAACGCAUGGAUGGUCGCGGCCGCGAUGGCCUUCGAGAAGGAUCCCUCUCCACCUUCGAUCUCCAGGAUUCGCAGAGGGUUCGGAUGUGUGCGGCGACGAAGAAGGGCGCAAGAGGGCAGAUCGGAAGGCAGUUCAGCUCAUUGUCGCAACUUGACCGAUCCGACGACCAGACGUCGAUGCUCAAAGGGCUCGCUGCCCGAGCUCCUUGCGAUGGCAGGAGCGCAGCAGUGAGGCACGAGACAGGCCGUGGCAAGCCGUGUAAAUUCUCCUUCUCAGCUUCUUCCUAUGCCUCCUUCCGCCCAACCAACUCCCAGACCUUCUACAACACCCUCCUCCGCUACCACCAUGGCCCAACCACCUCCCUCGGCCACGGCCUGAUCGCGCGCCGCCUCUCCCCAACUUUCAAGCACAUCGUCGCCACCGACCCCUCCCCCUCCAUGAUCGCGCAGGCACGCUCCUCCAUCGUCGACAGCCCCGAGUUCAGCAACAUCGAUUUCUGCCAGGCGUCGGCCGAGAGCCUCGACGAUAUACCGAGCGGGAGCGUCGAUGCUGUGAUGGCGGGGCAGGCGUGGUUCGGUGCGGCCUGGCCGGCAGUUUUGCAACGGGCUGCUAAGGUCUCGCCUCCUCUCUCCAACUAUUACUUCAACUUCGCCGACUUCAUUUUCACUUAG